AUGAAUGCAUUGGCUUCACAAUGCAGCAGCGGGUGCGAGUCUGGUUGGACUCUAUACCUGGAGCACUCUUUCCAGCUGAACCACAAUGCCCCCUCACAUACUAGUUCGCAGUUUAUUGGUGAAGAUAAUGACGAAUACAAAGACAAGAAAGCUAAAAAGGAGGAGGUUGAGGAAGAGGACCUGUCUAUGGUUUCGGAUGCUUCUUCUGGGCCUCCACACUUUCCAGAUGCACAAGAUAAUGGAAGCUUUUACUCUGCAUCUAAGGCAGCGAAACUUGGCAAGAGAAGUAAAAAGAGGCAGAAGGUCAAGGAAUACCAACAGCUGCCUUCUUUUCUUGAUGACACUGCCAGCUCUCCUGUCUUUGAUCUCUCAAUGAACAAUGUCACAGUGACCAACCAGCAAACUUCCAACGAGAGCAUGUUAGAUUACUCACAUGGUUUCUCUGCUACUUAUUACGAGGAGAGAUCCUCAUCGCAAGAACACUUCGGCUUUUUAGAACCAUCCCUAUCAGAAAAUGGUGUUGAAAACAACUAUCUCUGCUAUUCAACUUGUGCGGUGGAAGAUACUGAAGAUCCAUGGAGGGCAGAAUCAUUGAUGAUGCAGAAGGAGGCUGAUCUCAAAAGGGAUUCUGUUCCUUUGUUUUCUUUUAUCGUAUAUUUUAGCUAUACAGCAAGUAACGUAAAGUAUUUCGAUGUGGACCCUGGACGAAGGAAAUUCAACUCUUGGAGCACAGUUCCUCCCACAGGUCACGUUGAUCGCCAAACUGGUCCAGUGUGCGAACGAUGCAAUGACAUAAAGCCAAUCACAGCAACGCAUCAAGAAAAUCUGGGAGUACAAAGCACCCCCGUUAUUUAUUAUCCAGGACAGGAUAGCAGUAAAAGAACAAAACUGCCAGCUAGUAGAACAUACAAGCCUGAUCUCCAACUAUCAUUGAAAGAGUAA